AUGAAAGAUAUUAAAUUGAAUGAAAGUGGUAAACAAAAGAAAGCAUAUGGAGAAUGGGAAAUAAAUGAAGUUUUUGAGAAAUUCCUGCAUAAGAGUGGAUUAUCAGUAAAUGACAUUAAUCAGUUUGACAUAAAUCCAGAAAUUUCUGAUGAUAUAGUUAAUUCCUUUAUUGGUAAACUCAAGAAAAAGAAAAGGACCUUUAUUCAUGUUAAUCAUAAUAAGAACACCUGCAGAGAGUUUAUUACUGCUUUUAUGACUGUAACUGCUGAAUAUGUCCCAGUUAAAAGAAAUUUUGAUCCUGUUGAUUAUUCUAUACAUCUUGAGGAUUUUGUUUUAUUGAUCUGUGAAGCUAAAAAAGAGGAUUUUGAGAAAGGUGCUAUCCAGAAUAUUGUGCAAAUGCAUAGUGCUAUUUCAGAUAAGACAGAUAUAGAACCUGAACCUCAAGUACAAAUAUAUAGUAUUGUGACAAAUGCAUUAGGAUGGUAUUUUCUUAAAUGGAUUGGAUCCCCAAAGAAUCCUCAAUUAGAAGCAUCUGAACCUCAUUUUU